UUUGGCGUUAGUUUGAUUGACAUUACAUUUACAAGCCGGCUUUUUCUGCUUUUAAUUAUUGCUUUAAAAUGGCCAGCUACGAGGAAGUUAAGGAUGUGCCCAACCAACCGUCAACAUAUUUAGUUGAUGUGCGCAACAAGACCGAGUUGGCGGAGACGGGCGUAUUGCCCGCUAGCAUUAACAUACCCCUGCCUGAGCUGGAAAAGGCCUUUAACCUGCCGGACAAGGAUUUCGAAAAGUCCUACGGCCGAGCCAAGCCGCCAAUUGACGCCGUGCUGAUAUUCUCCUGCAAAGCCGGAGGCAGAGCUGCGCGUGCCGCCAACCUGGCCAAGACCCUGGGCUUUGUCAACGCCAAGGCCUAUGCCGGCUCCUGGACCGAAUGGGAGCAAAAGCAGGCCCAAUAAAUUAAGACUAAAACUCGAGAAAUAACCAUAAUAAAAAUUAAUUGUGAAAUUAAA